AUGCCAAUUUCACCGGAUACGACUAUGUCGUUUGCACAGACGUAUAUAUUUGCGUCUACAGUAAGAAGCAAGUUGACUAAACAAGCAUCUAACCCAAACUCUAGUUUAAGAGUAUUGGUAACACAAGCUAAUAUGUUGGACAAUGUUAUGGAUCAUCUUGCAGAGGAAACAGAGAAGCGUGUCACCAAGAACAUGUCAUUUUCGGCUGAAGACGAUCAUAAGCAUGUGAGCUUCCAAUUGCCUGAAAGAAAGAGACACCAAGGUGUUUCUACCAAUGUUACUGAAUACGAAGUAGGGUCGGAAUCAGAUUCAGAUUCAGAUAGCGACUCCUAUUCAGACGAUGAUGACCAAUCUGACAGCGAUUCUGACUAUUAUUAUUCAUCUGAUGACGAGGAAGAAAUACAAGUACCAUCAAUACAAAUAGCUAAAGUCCAAUCAUUUAAACAAUUACCAUCUAUGGAUCUCUCCAAAUAUUCGAUAGAAGAAGAAGAAAACGAAAAAGAUCUCGAAGAGGCAGAAGAGGAAAUCCCAGAGCUUUCAAGAAGUAUAUCUUUGACGGAUGACGAGAAUUCAUCAUUAUCUGAUGAUGAAGAUCAAGAUGAAUCUAAUUACACAUACGCUACUGAUAGUGGCUACCCAUCAUAUCAUAACCAGAAUAGGAAAAAUGAGGAAUCAUCAGAGCAGCAUAAUAUAAUACUAUCGAGGUCUUCCGACCAUUAUGAUGCUGGCCAUAAUUCCAGCCCAAAUACUUACGCCAUAGAGAAUAUUUUUUAA